AUGAAUUACAAUGAUCCAUAAUUUACAUUAUUGAAUAUUGAUGAUGAUUAUGAAGUUAAGAAUAAAUAAUAGAGCAAUGAUGUGAAUCUUGAACCUUGGAAUGGGAAUUCUGACAAAAUAUUUAUAGCAAAGAAGUAAUUACAAUUACCAAAAAAUAUUAACUAUAAAAUAAAGACUCCAUCAAGAACAACAACUUAAUAACGUAGACGUUCAAUAGAAACAUUUUAUCCAUCUAAUUAGGAAAGUUGUCCAAAAAUAGAUACAAAGACUCCUACUCAAUCAUUUUAGAUGACUAGUUUAUCACCUAGAAAAAAUUCAACUCAUUAAUAUAAACAAAGUUGUUUGAAAAUGAUGUUCAAGAGAUAAAUUUAAUCAAAUUCAUUAAAUUGGGCUGACUAUUAUAGGCUUGUUUAAAGAAACCAUAAUCAAUAAGUUGCAAAUUAUAACCUUGUAGGUUAUAAUAUAUAACCAUUAAGAUUAGAGGAUAGAUAAAAUUUAUUCAAUAAAUUUAGAAUAAAAAUAAAAUAAAAUUCUAAAAGUAAAACUGAUUGUUGA